AAGUAUGAUCUAAUGGAAAUUUUUUCAAGUAUUACAAGUGAUCAAACCGCUUGUGAUUUAUGAUGUGAUGUGAUUAUAAUUAAAUUAUUUGUUAAUUUAUUUAAUAAAACAGAAAAUGAAAGAGUUCUUUUAUUUAAAUCACGUGACUUAGUUCCUCUCCGCAUUAGCAGGCGAACCGUACGUACCAAACCCACACUUCCUCAAUAUUAAUAAAAAAAAGAAAAUUAAAGAAAAGCAAUAAAAGAAAAACAAUAAGACACAAUAGAAUAAAAAAUAAAAAUAAAAAUAAUUUAACGCAUGUCUGGGGAGAGAAGGAGAAAACACCAAAAGAAGAAGAAGGGGGGGGGGGGAAGAAUGGGAGAGAUAGAAGCAGGCACAAUGACGAAGAAGAAAAAGAAGAAGGGACGUCCUUCUCUAUUAGACCUCCAAAAACGCUCUCUCAAACAACAACAACAACAACAACAAACCCCUAAUCUCAAAAACCCUAAUUCGCUCAAUGUCUCUUACCCUUCCUCUCACCACCGUCGAUCCAAUCACCGUAACCCUAACUCCAGUGUCCCCGACUUAAUUAACGACGAAGACGACGAACGCACUCAGAAAAAGCAUAAGCUUUUGCUUGGAUUGAACAAUUCCGAGGUCGCUCUCAAAAGGCGCAAGAUCACCCCCGGAUCUGAUCAAUUGGGUGAAAAGGCUUUGAAAGCGACAGACACUCUUCAAGAGUCACCGGUGGAGCCUGGCCCCACUACACCUUUGCCAGACAAAAAGUUGUUGGUCUUCAUUCUUGACAGGCUUCAAAAAAAGGACACUUAUGGUGUGUUCUCUGAUCCAGUGGAUCCUGAAGAGCUUCCUGAUUACCAUGACAUCGUUGAGCAUCCCAUGGACUUCUCCACCGUGAGGAAAAAGCUAGACAGGGGAGCUUAUUUCAACUUGGAACAAUUUGAGAAAGAUGUUUUCCUGAUAUGUUCAAAUGCAAUGCAGUAUAACCCCUCGGAUACUAUUUACUACCGACAGGCACGAUCCAUACAAGAGCUUGCCAAGAAGGACUUUGAAAACUUGAGGCAAGAUAGUGACGAUGGUGAACCCCAACCCAAUGUUGCCAGGAGGGGAAGACCGCCAGGGAAGCUGAAAAAAUCACUUGAGAGGUCUCCCUUGGACCGUGUUAGUCCUGAUUGUUCAUCAGAUGCAACUCAUGCUUUUGGAGGGGAUAACACCAAUGAGACUAAUGGUUAUAAUCUUAGAAGAACCAAUUCAUACAAGUAUCGACCUGCAGAUGUUCUGGUCAGAACUUCUCAUGGGUCUCACAGCAGUGAAACUUAUGCUGCCUGGAUGUCUGAAUGGGAAAAUGAAUUUCCAGCUUCUGUUUUAAAGGCUGUGCUCAAGUAUGGGAAGAAACCCUAUGCAGUAGAUGAGAAUAGGCGUGAUACCUAUAAGCAGCCAUUGGCUUCCACUCCUGAACCAUCCAGCUUGAAUUUUUUUGAAGGAGAACUGAAGCAACUGGUGGCGGUAUGUAAAAAGGUAGGUUUAAACUCAGAAUAUGGUUAUGCAAGAAGUCUAGCUCGCUUUGCUGCAGAUCUUGGGCCCGUUGUUUGGAAAAUUGCUUCAAAGAAAAUAGAAAGUGCAUUGCCAACAGGACUCGAGUUUGGUCCUGGCUGGGUGGGAGAAGAUAAGGUGGUUGACGGACAGCAGAAGUUUCAGUUUUCUGAUAGGCCGAAAGUUUCUAACAGUUCCAUAUUUAAUGAUCAUUUUAGCAGACCUCAGCCUACUGCUACAGGCACAAACUCUGCAGUCACAAGUAUAUGUUCAGCUCGCACUAGAGAAGACUGGAUGGAAAAUGUUGGCAAAAUAAGUUCCCAGAGUGAAUUAAUUUCAACAAACAGUAGUACUGGUGGGAUAAACUAUAUGUCUUCUGUCCUGGUUCAACAGAAGCCCAUAAUUCAUUCUGAUAUCAAUGGACUGAGUGGUGGGUUGCGAUAUAAUAAUUGUUCACCUCAUACUGGGACCGGAAGAGUUGGGAUACCAACAGGGAAGGCCAGUACAGAACAUGCUGCAGUUCCUUCUCAAGUGUUUGGCAUGGUUUCAACUAGCACUAGUACUCUCUGCCCAAUGCCAGGGAAUGAUUGUAGUUUGAACAAAGCCAAGUUAUCAGAAACUUGGAAUGGGUUGCUACAGUCAGGAGAUUCAUCAGCUCUAGGUUCUAACCUGGACUCUCAGACAUUUUUGAAUGCAGGGGUUGAUGGCAAACCAUCUUGGCACAGAGUAUCAUCAUCAUAUCACCAAGAACAAUUUUUCCAAUUUCCACCAGAUCUGAAUGUUGGGUUCUUGGCACCAAAUUCACCUAGUUCCAGUGUGCCAAUUGGUUCACCACAGCAGCCGGAUUUAGCAUUACAGCUGUGAUGAUGGGUAUAUUUUAAUAAACAUGCUGGAUAGCACAGUGUAGGUAUGAACAUUUAUCCACCAAAAGAAUAAGAAUUCAGGUGGCGUGUUGGAGUUAGGGUGGCUUGCUCAGUAUAUUUCUUCAAAUGAUUCACAACAUCAGAAACUGUAGGAGAAGAUUUUUGUACAGAUCAGUGUCAAUUUUUUAGGUUAAAAACCACAGUUUUAUAGUAUGUUACAUUUUUAAUUUCCUAAUUUGCACACUUUCAUUUAGAAUGAUAACAUUGAAAAUGUAGAUUGAAAAUAAGAGCGAUUAGAAUGUUCUGGCAUGCUUAGACUUGGAAGAGCUGCAAAAAAGGUGGCUAUUACCUGUUUAUUCAUUCAGGCUUUCAGCUGUCA